ACAGCCUGGUGCCUGCGAGCUGUCCGAGCGGGGUCGCUCGGGCCGAGGUCAGGGGCUGCCCGCAGGCGGGAGCAGCGGCCGGGGCACGGCGCAGGCACCUCCCCGCUGCUGCCGCUUCAGGGGAGCGGAGGCCCCGCCGGGCCCCGCCCGGGGCCGCAUGCGCAGGGCGGGUGGCGGGAGUUGCGGGCGGCAGCGGGAGCACAUGCGGCCGCGGCGGAGCCCAUCGCCCCGAGCCGGCCCGGCCGGCGGAGACAGCGGCGGGGCCGCUCGGUGGGCGGGAAGCCUCACCGGACCCUCGCUCCCGGGGUCCCCGGGGGGGCACGAGCCAGUUGUCAUGGAUGGAGACACAGAGUAUGAGAAAGUUGAAGAUGUCGUGGGCUGCCACGUUGAAGAUGCUGUGACAUUUUGGGCACAGAAUGUUGAUAGAUGUAGUGACCUCGUGAAAUUAAGUUGUGCGCUAGCAGAAGCUUGCCCUCGAGCUAAUGCAGUUUUUGGCAAACCUGAUUUUAGUAAGAUUUAUGGUGGCUGUUUUUCAGAAGAUAGAUGUUGGUACAGAUGUAUGGUACAGCAAGUGAUCAACAAUGAAAAGUGUCAGGUCUUGUACAUUGACUAUGGAAAUUCUGAGGUUCUGAGUAGAUCAGACAUAGUUGAAAUUCCACCAAACUUGCAAUCUCCGAGUGUUGCCAAGAAGUACAGACUCUGGGGACUGCAGAUACCAACUGAUCAGAACUUAAAUAUGUUUGAUCAGGGGAAGAAGUUCUUGAGCAGCCUGGUUUUUGAAAAAGAAAUAAGAAUACGCCACAAAGCCAAGCAUGAAGAUGGUACCAUUAUAGCCCAGGCAGAAUUUGAAAAAACAGAUAUUGGAGAAGAGGUGGCCAAGGCAGGGUUUGCUGAAAAAUGCACAUCUCCAGGAAACACAAAAGAUGCGGAAGACAGAAAAGUAGAUGUUGUGCAAAACCAACAUCGGAAGAUAAAAGUUCCAGUUCCCCUGUGGGUAAACAGGUCUGAUCAUGCGCUGUACAGCAUCCCCAGAGGACGCCUUGACCAAGUAGCUGCCAGUGCAAGGAAUCACAAUAUUACCGGAAACCUUAUGUUUGGCCCGAAGGAAAAAACGCUUGCUUGUACCUCGGUGCCAGAUACCAGCUUGGCCCAAACAAGAGCAGGUCAGAAGCUGUCUGACGAGAAAGAAAUUCUCAGAAAGGAGAAUCUAAAUCUCAUGCAGAGGCAGAAGGAACUUGAACUGAAGGUUCAAGAGCUGAAAUGUGAACUUCAGAAAGAGAAGGAGGCAUCCAGGAAAACUGCUGAAAGUUUUGAGGAAACCCUACGUACUUACAUUGGAACAAAGAUGAGAAGUUUGGCUGCUAAGGUGAAGUCAUUGAAAGAAGUUAGGCACAUGAAUAAGAACACUCGUUCUGGAGAGCAGCUCUCACAAGCCAUAAAAGCAGUUACAGAAGGGUGUCUCACUGCUCCAUGUUCCUUGGAAAAGCUGCAGAAGAUUUGGACAGAGUAUGACUUGGCCCAGGACAGGAUUCAGUUAUGCAGAAAUGUGGAUGAAAGAGAUGAACUGAUUACCAAGAGAGAUGAAGUGCAGCGGAGCUUGUAUUCAGCAGUGGAAGAACUAAUUUUGGAAGUAGAUCAACUGCCCCUCACUGAGCGCUCAAGAACAUUACAGGAACUGUCUGCUUCUCUGGAGAUGGUGUAUGGCCAGGGUUCUGAAGCAGAUGACUCUGAGGAGGUAUUUCAACAGUUCUUAGAGUGGAAGAGUGGUAAAAUGAAGAAGUUAGUUUGCGUCAGAAAUGAUACAGACACAGCUCUGCAAAUUCUUGCUGACUGGUUCGGUGGCAUCUUAAAGUGUUUUGACCUGAUGUCAGAAGCAUCUUCAGAUUUAGAGGAAGCUGUCAGCAGUGCGGAUGAAAUUCUCAAAAAGGUUGAGUUGGCCAUUUGUGAAGAACUGGAUGCUGACUUAAAUGAACAUGAUGAAGCAGAGAAAAGAAUAAUUAUGAGCGCUUACAAUAAAGUUGUACAUAACAUUCGUCAGGAGCAAAGUCUGAUUGCUGCCAUACAGAAGAGAUACUUGGCCAGCGUUGAGUUCAAAAAACAGGUUGAGGAAUGGCUGAAUAGAAGACCUGAUAUUAACAACUUAUCAUCAGUUAAGAAAACUGUGAAAAGCUUAAAGGCCCAGUUAAGGUGGAAGCUGGUUGAGAAGAACAAUUUGGAGGAGUCUGAUGAUUACAGUGAGUGUGAAAUGACGAGAAUAAAAGAGGAAAUUGCCGAUCUGCGAAACAGGGUUCUUCAGGAAAUAUCCAAGGAACAAGAAGAAUAUGAGAAGCUUACAUAUUUGGUACAGAAAUGGUUCCCUGAGUUACCACUUCUUUAUCCAGAAGCAGGAAUUCUAAACUAUAUGAACUCUGGAGGACUUCUGGCCUGCAGCCUGGAGCGAGAUCUUUUGGAUGCUGAGCCCAUGAAGGAACUGAGCACGAAGCGCCCUUUAGUGUGUUCAGAAAUUCAGGGCCAGAAGGUUCUUUUAAAGGGAUACUCUGUAGAUGUAAGCUCAGAAGCCAAAGUCAUAGAAAGAGUUGCCAAGUAUCACAGAGCUUGGGAUCAGCAGAAGGAGAAAUCUGGAUUGUUACAACUGUUGUUCCUUCUUUUCUGCAAGUCUGAUCCUUUGAUAUAUUUAAUGGUCCCGUACUACCCAGGAGCAAGUCUAGGAGCUUUACAGGCUGAUACACCUUUAACUUUGGAAGAGACAUUAACAGUGAUGAAAGGAGUGGCCCAAGGUCUGCAAACGUUGCAUGGAGCUAAUAUAGUCCACGGAUCUCUGCAUGGAAAUAACGUGUUUGUUGUGAAUCGGAAACAGGGAAUUGUUGGAGACUUUGAUUUCACAAAAUCAGAGGAGGAACGUGCUGCUGCAAACACCAUGGUGGUUAGUACCCUGAGCUUAGUUUCUCCCGAACUGAAGAUGGGACAGCCAGCUUCUCCAGCCUCUGACAUGUAUGCUUAUGGCUGCCUCCUCUUCUGGCUUUGCAUUCAAAACCAGGAGUUUGGCUUAAAAGAAGAUGGAACACCUGAGGUGGAUGUUGUUGUCAUGGAUGAUAAAGUUAAAUCUCUUCUCGUGAAUUUGUUCUGCUGUAACAGACUGACAGCUGAGCAGGUGCUGAGGGCCGAUUGCUUCCUCACAGUUGGUGCGACUCCAGUUUCACCACAACCAGGCGAAGAGCAUGAGCCUUGUGAAGAACCCGAUUCUGAGAAGACAGAUGAAAAUGUGAUUAACUGAGAAUGGAGCAAACCCUACUUGAUAGAUGAGGAACUUUUCCAUCAGGUGUUUUAUUGAGACUGCUGGUUUUGUUUGGUUUUCAAAUAUUUUUUCGGAUCUGAAAUCUCAAAAUAUAAAAAGUUCGGUAGAUGCACUAAUGUUUUGUGCUUACAAAAUCCUCACUGAGUUUUCAUUUAAACAUAUUUUAUUUUAAAUAAGUGUUUGGAGGUAUAAGCGUGGUUUUACUGAUUGUGUUCUUAGUUUAUCAGCCCUUUUCUUCAUCUGUUACAUAGGCUUUACAUUUACAGAGAAUAGGCUGGUUAGAUGCCAGAGAUCUUCAAUUUUGUAUCCAGUUUUCUAGUCCUCUUCUUGCUGUGGUUCUAGAUAACACGUUCCUCUUAAAAGUGCCCUAGAGUAUUACAUUUUUGCUGGAGGUUUUUUGUUAUUGCAUAGACAAGUUGUUCCUGCAGCAACUGCCUUCAAGAUUUAAGGAAAAAAAACUACUCGGACAACUGGUAAAGGAAGUGGAGAGUAGCCUGCCUCUUUUCUUUCUUUCUGCAUUUGAAAAAUGCAACUGGUUUUCUAGAGAAGAGAGCAGGCAUCCUCCUAAUUGAUCCUUUUACAUGCUACUAGUAACCAAAAUACUGUACACAGGCAUUUGCAAAAACUACUGCUUAUUUGCUCUAUGUGAGUUUGUGUAUAUAUCAUCUGUUCUUAAAUGUUGUUUGCAAUAGCUAGAAAGGUGUGAUUUUUCAUGAGCAGGUUUGCCUGCAACACUUCGCUGUUAAUGUUACCAUUGAAAGAAUUUUAUCAGCUCCUUAUUUUUACAGGAAAAUGUUACUUUAUGAAAGUUCUCCUUUCUUCUCAGAAAGAAACAGGUCAAAAUGUGCAGAGUUGCUGUAGCAAUAUCCUUAGCCUCUGGGUGUUGCUCUUGGACAGCGCUGUUGGCAGGCUGGUGUUUUGUAGGGGAGUUACUGAGGCUGCAUGUUGUCAGAUGAAGAGUGUGAAAAUGCAAAAUGUAACAGGCAAGAAGCAGCAUCAGGGGAACUGGGGAGCCCUCAGGUACAGUCUGCAGUGGACAGAAGAUUCCAACUUGGCAGAACCUUCUCUGAUAUUAUUCUUGGUUUUCCAUCCUUAAACCAAUUAGUUUUUUAUAUGGAAUAGCAUGCAAGAUGCUUCAUCCUUUUUUCAUUAAAUAAUAAUGAUUUUUUUGAUUUCUGUAAUGUGUGUAUAAUCAGUGAUAGCAAAACCUUUGUUAACAAUAUUUUUAUGUAGGAUUUUUUGUUAGUGUGAUAGAUGUUUUCGUUACAGAAAUCACAGAAUAAUAUCUUGGGUUUUGUCGAUGAAAAUAAGCAAUUUAGCAAUUUUGUGGGAUGCUUUCCAGAUACUAAUUGCAGUCUUUCACUGUUAAUAAAAGGCUAACUUUAAUUAAUGUUAAACACUGAUUUGAGGUUAGAAGACUAACCUGAUGGUUUAUGUUGUGCUGUGUCAUGUAUAUUAGAAUAAAUUUUUGCCAAGUUUUUCUGCUCCGGA